CGGGAGCCCGAGCGGCUCAUUCUCUUUAGUGUUUGCCCUGUGGCCGCAGCGUCUGGCUCGGCUUCCCCCUCCCUCCCUCCCCGACCCCCGGCGCCCGCCCCCCCACAGGCCAUUCCGCCUCCCCUCCCCUCCUCACUACCACCGCCUAACCGAUCCUUCAGCGGGGGACGAGUCCCGGGAAUCCAGGCAUCUCUUAACUCAUAACAUCACCGAACUGAAACUAAAACUACAUCGUUCCUGGAGCGCGCACCCUCUUUUCAAGGUAGAACUUUAGACUUCAUAGCACUGAAUUAACCUGCACUGAAAGCUGUUUACCUGCAGUUGUUCACUUUUGUUGAAAGUGAACAUGUCUCAAGUUCAAGUUCAGAACCCAUCAGCUGCUCUCUCAGGGAGCCAAAUACUGAACAAGAACCAGUCUACUAUCUCACAGCCUUUGAUGAGUAUUCCUUCUACUACUAGCUCUCUGCCCUCUGAAAAUGCAGGUAGACCUAUUCAAAACUCUGCUUUACCCUCUGCAUCUAUUACAUCCACCAGUGCAGCUGCAGUUCCUUCUAACAUGGCAAACCCCAAAGAGAAAACCCCAAUGUGUCUUGUGAAUGAGUUAGCCCGUUUCAACAAGAUUCAGCCUGAGUAUAAGCUUUUGAGUGAGCAAGGUCCAGCUCACUCUAAGGUGUUUACAGUGCAGCUGACACUUGGAGACCAACACUGGGAAGCUGAAGGAACUAGUAUUAAAAAAGCCCAACACUCAGCUGCUGCCAAAGCUUUGGAAGGAACAAAAUUUCCCAAACCAACAGCCCGCCCCAUUCGUAGCGAAGGAAGGAAUCCAGGUAUUAUGCGUGGGCCAAGACAGGUUCCUUUCAAAAGUGUGUCUAGAGACAGUGUAACCCCAACAGUGGAACUAAAUGCACUUUGCAUGAAACUUGGAAAAAAACCAAUGUACAAGCCUGUUGAUCCUUACACAAGAAUGCAGUCCACCUAUAACUAUAAUAUGAGAGGAGGUGCCUAUCCCCCACGGUACUUUUACCCAUUUCCUGUCCCACCUUUACUUUAUCAAGUUGAACUUUCCAUUGGAGGACAACAAUUUAAUGGGAAAGGACGAACAAGACAGGCAGCAAAACAUGAUGCAGCUGCAAAAGCACUGAAAAUCUUGCAGAAUGAGCCCCUGCCUGAGAAACCAGAGGUGAAUGGAAGAGAACCAGAUGAUGAAAAUCUCAAUAAAUCUGAAAUAAGCCAAGUGUUUGAGAUUGCACUUAAACGGAACUUGCCUGUGAAUUUUGAGUUUUUCCCUCUGAAACAGGUCACCAGGGAGAGUGGCCCACCUCACAUGAAGAGUUUUGUGACAAAGGUAUCAGUUGGCGAAUUCAUGGGUGAAGGUGAAGGAAAAAGCAAGAAGAUUUCAAAGAAAAAUGCUGCUAUAGCUGUCCUUGAGGAACUAAAGAAAUUACCCCCACUUCCAACAGUUGAAAAAAUGAAACCACGAAUCAAAAAGAAAACAAAAUCAAUAGUUAAGCUACAGACAAGCCCAGAAUAUGGUCAAGGAAUGAAUCCUAUUAGCCGACUUGCCCAGAUCCAGCAGGCCAAAAAAGAUAAGGAGCCUGAAUAUAUGCUUCUCACUGAGAGAGGUCUUCCACGCCGCCGGGAAUUUGUGAUGCAGGUCAAAGUUGGUGGUCACACUGCUGAAGGAAUGGGCACAAAUAAGAAGGUGGCAAAGCGUAAUGCAGCAGAAAAUAUGUUAGAAAUCCUAGGUUUUAAAGUCCCCCAAGCCCAGCCCCCCAAGCCAGCGCUAAAGACGGAAGAAAAGACCCCAGUAAAGAAACCAGGUGAUGGAAGAAAAGUUACCUUUUUUGAACCCAACUCUGGUGAUGAAAAUGUGACCAGUAAUAAGGAAGAUGAAUUUAGGAUGCCUUAUCUCAGUCAUCAGCAACUUCCAGCAGGAAUUCUUCCCAUGGUGCCUGAAGUGGCACAGGCGGUAGGAGUCAAUCAAGGACAUCAUACCAAAGAGUUUACCAGGGUAGCUCCAAAUCCCGCCAAGGCAACAGUCACAGCCAUGAUUGCUAGAGAGCUAUUGUAUGGGGGGACCUCCCCCACAGCGGAGACCAUUUUAAAGAAUAACAUCUCCUCAGGCCAUGUUCCCCAUGGGCCACUUACCAGACCCUCUGAGCAGCUGGAUUACCUUUCCAAUGUCCAGGGAAUCCAGGUGGAAUACAAAGACUUUCCCAAAAACAACAAGAAUGAAUUUGUCUCUCUUAUAAAUUGCUCCUCUCAGCCACCUCUGAUCAGCCAUGGAAUUGGAAAGGAUGUGGAAUCCUGCCAUGAUAUGGCUGCCCUGAACAUUUUAAAGUUGCUGUCUGAGUUGGACCAACAAAGUACAGAGAUGCCAAGAACAGGAAAUGGACCAAUGUCUGUGUGUGGGAGGUGCUGAACCUUUUCUGGCCACAAACCACUUUAAAAAUUCAACAUAUAUACUGAAUAUACUGAAACUGCUUUGCAAUUUUGGAAUUUCUGAUGCCUCCAAUGGUGGAGAGAUGUGGUGAAUGAUGAAAUGAAGAAGGCAAUAGUGAUGAGAAUGGAGACAAACAGGAGGAGGCUGUGAUUGUGAACUCUCAUGGUUUCUUCUGGUGGGGCCAGACAGGAGGUGGCAGUGGGGGAGCUCCGAUAAGAGCUAAAAUCAUGCACAAGCUACUGCUUGGAUAUGUUCGUGGGGAAGGAGGGUCAAGUGAAGGGAGAGCAAUUCUCUGGUCUCCUGCAUUGAGUCCUCCUGUCUCAACUAGGAAGUAAUUGUUCAUCAUCCUGGAGUCACAUGGUCUUCUUCAGUGCUUUGUCUUGUGUUUUUAUAGAUGUGUGAAACCAGAAAAGGAAAGCAGUCCCCUUCUCAAACUGGCUAACUCAAACCUUUAGGGACAGACACUGGACAGCAGUGCCUGACAGGCAUUAGACUUGACCCAAGUCUGAAAGCACCAGAGAAAAUCAAAUGCUUCCUAUUCAGUGUAACCUGUUAUAGAGUGAGUGCUGCAGCCCUUCCAUCUUCCUUGUAGUUACUGAAACCAUAACCAUUGCUUUAUCCUAAGACAGUGAUACAUUUUUAGUUUCCUUUUUUGUUUUGAUUGAAACGACACUAUACGUUUUUUUUUUCAUUUGAAAGUUUCUCAAUUGUAUCUAGUUAUAUAGCACAGUUUAGAAACUUGUCUGAGACUGACGUUCUCUGUAAACUAACCUGCAAAGAUCAUAUCCAUGUAUGUGGCUAUACAUUUUGUUUUUAUCGGAAUAGCCUAGUACCAUUCCGAUGAUGCCAAUUGUGUGCCAUCCAGUUUAAUGUUCCAGAUAUAUAUAGAGAGAUAUAGACAUAUUUACAUAUGUCUAUAUCUCUCUCUGUAUCUCUAUAUAUAAUCUUGAUGAAGUUGCCCAAUGGUUGUGUAAAUUGGACAUUUUUAGGAAUUUUAAGCUUCACAUGAUCAUUUGGUUCAUUUACUAUUUCCUUUUUUUUGUUAAAACACAGAAUUUAAAAUAAAUGAAUUUUGAUCUUUCUUUUUAAAGAUUAUUAAAAAAAAUAAAUGUGUGUAUAUAUAGCUCUCUGUGGCACACAGCUUUCACAACACUACAGGAUAUGAUCUCAGUAUAGUACAUAUAAAAACUGCAGAUUGAUUUUCCUUGAGUGCUUUAUACUGUUGAAUUACAUCUCCAUGUAGGGCUGAAAAAAAUUAGCGAUGUUUAUAUAUAAAACUGUGUUGCUUUUGAUGUUGUGUUAUUGUGCACAGAAAUGUGUGCAGUAAGUUUUUGCAUAUGGUCCCGGUAAAAAAGCACGGUCGCCUUGCAAGUUAAGUACUGCUUCAGUUCAUUGUUCACGCUGGAAAUUUUUUCUCCCCAUGGAAUGUAAGUAAAACUGAGUGUUUGUCACCAAUAAAUGGUCAUACUAAAUUUUUUUGGUUAAUUUAUUCUUGUAUACUAUUGUUGCUGGAUUGCCUUCCCCUUCCUUUCCCUCCUUAGGGGAAUGGAGGGAAGAAUUUGUAAUGCUAAUGUGAUUCAGUCUGGCCAGUAAUCAGAAGGUCUGAAAUAACUUUAUAUAAAAACCAUUGAUCAAUAAAAUUGCAACUAAUGAA